GUGACGUCACAUUCUUUUAAGAGGACUAUAAAUUAGCUUCGGUCAGUUUGUUUCCACUGUAAACCCCGCUAACAGUCUUGGGCACGCGAUCAUUUGGCGCUGUUACUGGCAAGGAAGUUAUCUGUUUUAUUCAACAUUUAUACAACAUUUUUUAAAACGAAUUUAGAGUAUGUUUUUUAAGUGUUUCUUUUUUGAGUACAUUUCUAUGGAAGAACAAGGCAAUCAAAUUAUAGUUGAAAGUAAUUUCAACGAGAGGGACGCCUUCAGAGAAUCCUGAUCUACCGCCUUUCCCGUCUCAGUUGCUGCUUAUAAAAGAACUGGGUAGCGUUCAUCUGCCUUGUUUUCACCACAAAACACCAGCCAUUGGUUUGAUCUCUGCGCUCCUGUAAUUUCGGUGAAAAAAUGGUUGGAUUUGGACCAGUUGAUAUGCCCCCCACAGCCACUGUGAAGUUCCUUGGGGCAGGAACGGCAGCUUGCAUCGCUGACCUCUUCACCUUUCCACUGGAUACAGCCAAAGUCAGGCUGCAGAUCCAGGGUGAAGCCAAAGCUGCUGGUGGUGGUGUCAAGGUGACACGGUACCACGGUGUGUUUGGCACCAUCACCACCAUGGUGCGUACAGAGGGGGCCAGGAGUCUGUACAAAGGGCUGGUGGCAGGGCUGCAGAGACAGAUGAGCUUCGCCUCAGUCCGUAUUGGGCUCUACGACUCCGUCAAGCAGUUCUACACCAAGGGAUCUGAGCAUGCUGGGAUUGGCAGUCGCCUGCUGGCAGGCUGCACCACAGGAGCCAUGGCAGUUGCCGUGGCUCAGCCUACAGAUGUGGUGAAGGUCCGAUUCCAGGCACAGGCCAGCACCACAGGUGCUAGCAAACGUUACCAGAGCACCAUGCAUGCCUAUCGGACUAUUGCCAGGGAGGAAGGCAUGCGCGGACUGUGGAAAGGAACUGGGCCCAACGUUGCCCGCAAUGCUAUUGUGAACUGCACGGAGCUGGUGACUUACGAUCUCAUCAAAGAUGCUCUCCUGAAAACCACUCCAAUGACUGAUGACCUUCCCUGCCACUUUACGUCUGCAUUUGGAGCAGGCUUUUGUACCACCAUUAUUGCCUCCCCUGUGGAUGUGGUGAAGACAAGAUACAUGAACUCUGCCCGAGGCCAGUACCGCAGUGCCUUAAACUGUGCCCUCACAAUGAUUACAAAGGAGGGGCCCACUGCCUUCUACAAGGGGUUCAUGCCCUCUUUCCUGAGGCUGGGGUCCUGGAACGUGGUGAUGUUCGUCACUUACGAGCAGCUGAAGCGUGCCAUGAUGGUGGCUCGCCACAACUGGGCCGUUCCUCUGUGAACACUGCUAACGUCAACAUCAUUCCCUGUCUGUACCUCUUCUGUAGCUUGUAUUGUCACGCUUUAGUUUUUUUUCUCUGGUUGCUUCACAGAAGUGUUGCCCAAGGCUAAAUGCUAGUCUUGCUUUUAAAGAAGCCUUUAACAACAAUAAAAGAUUAUUUGUUAAAGCAUUA